AUGGCUCUGUUUCACGAGAAGCUUCCACUUUCUUCAACUUGUUCUUCUUUCCGUUCUCUUACAAGGAGACACGUGUCCAAGCCUCGUAGUAGGAUCGCCAUUACAAAGUCUCGUUCGAUUUGCAGAGCUUCAUGGCAAGAGCUCGCCGGUGUGUUGGUUUUCUCGGCGAUUCCGUUCACGGCGGUGAAAGCAAUCGCGAAUAGCUCGUUCGGAGAAUCUCUGCGACGGGGAUUACAAGAGAGAAAGAAAGAAGCAGUGGAGAAUUCAACAAGAUUCAAAGCUAAAGCUCAAAAAGCUAGAAACGACAGCAAGUGGUAUGGAGAAGAACGUCCACGUUGGUUUGGUCCAAUUCCAUAUGAUUAUCCUUCAUACCUUACAGGAGAAUUUCCUGGUGAUUAUGGAUUCGACAUUGCUGGACUUGGCAAGGAUCGUUUAAACUUUGAUAAGUAUUUCAACUUUGAAAUACUUCAUGCUCGUUGGGCCAUGCUUGCAGCAUUGGGUGCUUUAAUCCCAGAAGUAUUUGAUCUCACGGGAGCUUUCCAUUUUGUCGAACCCGUAUGGUGGCGAGUUGGUUAUUCGAAGCUUCAGGGAGAGACGUUGGACUACCUCGGCAUUCCCGGGCUUCACGUAGCUGGAAGCCAAGGUGUUAUAGUAAUUGCCAUUUGCCAAGCACUCUUAAUGGUAGGACCGGAAUACGCGAGAUAUUGUGGCAUAGAGGCCUUAGAGCCACUAGGAAUAUACUUGCCAGGAGACAUAAACUAUCCAGGAGGGACACUUUUUGAUCCCUUGAACCUCUCUGAGGACCCGGUAGCUUUUGAAGAUCUUAAAGUUAAAGAGAUUAAAAACGGGAGAUUAGCGAUGGUCGCGUGGCUUGGAUUCUAUGCGCAGGCUGCUCUCACUGGUAAAGGUCCUGUACAAAAUCUUGUUGAGCAUGUCUCUGAUCCAUUACAUAACAAUCUACUUGCUACGCUUUACAGAUGA